AUGGAAGUCCCCAAUGCAGCCGACCACGCCGGCGGCGUCUCGCUUCUGUUUACCACUGCGCCUGAGAUUUUUAGCGACAUCCAGUCUGCUGCGCAAUUCAGCGAGAUAGACGAGGUACAGCGAGUCAAGACCGAGGUUGAAAAGGUGCGACUUAUCAUCUGGGGACAGUCGGUUGGUUUGGAUGGGUCGCCAGAAAAGCGGGAUGAUGCGCUUAACGUGGCGCUGGGUGGGGAGUAUCUGAGAACGGCGGUGUCGGGGCUGCUGUUGAAUUGCUUUAUCAAAAUAUUUGAGGACUCCGAGAAGUUGAAGGACCGAUAUGGACUUGUUCAGCGUGUGAAUCAGGGGCCAGGGAGUUCCCAUUAUCUGCUGGUUGGAUUUACUUUCUGGAGAACCUACAAAAAAUAUGGUGGGCACACUGGUCGACAUACGCACCUGGGACUGGGUCGCGGGCAUGGCACUCCCUGGAUCAAUGUUCCCCUUGACACUGAUGUUCGGCCUCCACCAAGCAUGCCCAUCGCUGAAAAAGACAGCCCCAGCUGGAAAAGUUCAGCUUCGCCACGCAAACUUCGGCAUGGUUUUCAACCAAGUCUCAUAACGGCGCAGUCGGUCCAUUAUUAG